AAAAAAUAAAAAAAACAAAAAAAAAAAUUGAAUGAAAAGAAAAGAAAAACACCAAAAAGAAAGGCACUUACAGUCUGCUAAAAUCAAAAUCCUUCCCUGUCUUAAAUCGGUGACAGGCAGUCGUCGCCGACGCCUAUUUUUGGCUCGCCAGAAUAAUCAAACACUUCCUUUUUUUUUUUCUUUUCUCUCUCCUCUCCCAAAAGAAAAAAAAAAAAAAAUCCCCAAUUUCAAAACCCUAAUUUCACCUGCAAAUCUCCUCACUCCUUUGUCAUAAUCUCUCUCUACUUUGAUUACAAUCUAAUCGCAAUUGAAAUUGUCUACCUACUCCUUUAAUACAUUCGUCUCUUCGAUCCAGAUUUCGUAGUAUUAUACUUGAUUUUAGUGAUUGUUGAAUUUAUGAUUGGUUUUUGGUGGUUGUGAUUCUCUCGAAUCGAUGAUUUGAUCGGCGAAUUUUCGAGAAUUUGGGGUUUUGGUUUUGUGUAGGGUGGUCGAAAUGGCGGCACAAAACCCAGGGGAUCUGUUUGAUUCGUAUUUUAGGAGAGCUGAUUUGGAUCGAGAUGGUAGAAUUAGUGGCGCUGAAGCCGUCGCUUUCUUCCAGGGUUCGAAUUUGCCGAAGCAAGUUCUCGCGCAGAUAUGGACGUUUGCUGACCAUAACCGAACUGGGUUCCUUGGUAGAGCCGAAUUCUAUAAUGCUCUUAAGCUUGUGACUGUUGCACAAAGUAAGCGUGAAUUAACUCCUGAGCUUGUCAAGGCAGCUUUAUAUGGUCCAGCUUCAGCUAAAAUACCAGCACCACAGAUAAGUUUGCCUCCUACACCUGGUCCCCAGUCAAGUACUGCUGGAUCAACCCCUUCUGCACCUCAGACAAGCAAUGUUGCUCCUAUCUCUUACCAUAAUCCUGGACCUAGAGGAGUACCUGUAUCGCCUAAUGUUAACAUGAAUCAGCAAUAUAACCAACCAGCAGUAAGUGGGACUGUGAGACCUCAAAAUACAGUUUCUGGUGUGGCUACACAACCUGUACAAGGGGUUGGGUUUCAAGGAUUUCCUGGAGGAGCUCCUCAACCUGGAUCAAAUCUGCCUAAUUCUAGACCUUCAAAUGACGUAGGGGUUGUUAACACAGGAAGGUCACCAACAACAGUAUACUCAGAGAGAAGUAGCAGUCUUUUGACGAACCAGUCUGGGGUGACAUCAACAGCAGGACCAGCAGCUUCUUUACCACCUAAGCCGUCUGUAGCAGCAGGAAACUCUGUCACGCAACCUAAGCCAUCGCAAAAUGGGUUCACUCAAGGCUCUUUCUUCGGAGGUGAAGCAUUGUCUUCCGCUCCGUCUCUGCCGAAAAGAGAGGGUUCUGUUCUUACCUCAUCUGCUGGAAGUGUACAAGUUUCUUCACCUUCGGUUCCAGUUGCAGCUGGCAACCAGUCUUUCUCCAAGCAGGGUUCUGUUGCUUCUGUACCGAAUUCACUCGCUGCACACUCUUUUGGUGGACAACAUCAAAAGCUGCAAUCACACGUGAAACAGAAUCAACAAAUUCCAGUCCAAAAUUUUGCUCCACGUGGCCUUCCUGCAUCCCCACCUAAUAAUUCUGCAGGACAUCAGCCCCAGCUGAACUGGCCAAGACCAACUCAGACUGAUCUACAGAAAUACACCAACGUGUUUAUGGAGGUUGAUACUGAUAAAGAUGGGAAAAUUACUGGCGAACAAGCACGCAAUCUAUUUUUGAGUUGGAAGUUACCACGAGAGGUCUUAAAGCAGGUGUGGGACUUGUCUGAUCAGGAUAAUGAUAGCAAUCUUUCUCUCAGGGAAUUCUGCAUUGCACUUUAUCUGAUGGAAAGAUACAGGGAAGGACGUCCUCUUCCAGCAGUUCUUCCAAGUAGUGUUGUGCUUGAUUUCCCUGCAACUACUCAACCACCUGCUGGGUAUGGUAAUGCAGGAUGGGUAUAUUCUGCUGGUUUCCAGCAACCACAAGCACCUGGAACUGCUCCAAGACCAAAUGCACGUCCGACAGGAAAGCCACCUUUGCCUGUUACAGCUCAUAUGUCAUCUGAUGAUAGAAUGCCACCUAAGCCACCAAAAGCCAAAGUGCCAACGUUAGAGAAACACCUAGUAGAACAGCUAAGCGAAGAGGAGCAGAAAUCACUCAAUUUGAAAUUCUUGGAGGCAUCAGAGGCAAAUAAAAAGGUUGAAGAAUUGGAGAAGGAAAUAAAAGAAGCAAGAGAGAAAACGGAGUUCUACCGAGUUAAAAUGCAGGAGCUUGUUCUGUACAAGAGUAGAUGUGACAGUCGCUUUAAUGAAGUUUCUGAGAGGGCUGCUGCAGAUAAGCGUGAGGUUGAGUCUCUGGCUAAGAAGUAUGAGGAGAAGUACAGACAAAAUGGCGAUGUGGCAUCUAGAUUGACAAUUGAAGAAGCAACAUUCCGUGACAUACAGGAGAAGAAAAUGGAGAUGUAUCAGGCAAUUGUGAAGAUGGAGCAAGAUGGCACUGAUGAGAACCUUCAGGUUCGUGCUGAUCACAUCCAGUCUAGUUUGGAGGAAUUAAUAAGAUCUCUCUGUGAACGUUGCAAGAAAUAUGGAUUGCGUGCAAAACCUACCACGCUAGUUGAGCUUCCCUUUGGGUGGCAACCUGGCAUUCAGGAGAGUGCUGCUGAUUGGGAUGAAGACUGGGAUAAAUUUGAAGAUGAAGGUUACACUUUUGUGAAGGAUCUGACUCUUGACGUAAAUAACAUUAUUGCACCUCCGAAAUCAAAAAUUAAAGUUGCAAAGAAAGAAAAGAAUAUGAUUUUUGAAGGUGAUGCUGCUGUUCAUACGUCAGACUCUGAAACCAAGCCUGUCAAGUCCGCUGCAGAGGAUGAACAGGUGGCAGAAAAUGGUGUCGUAGGUACUCCGAAGGCAGUUGAAACGGUAAAGAAUACAGUUUCUAGUCCUGCUAGAAGUUCGCAUGGAAGUCCACGUGAUGGAUCUAAGGACAAUCAUUUCCAAAGGCUUGGAAGUUCUGUUGCCUCACCUCGUGCCAAGGAAUCUCUGAGUGACGUUGGGGUUGCUGAUUCUUCAUUUUCCGGGGAGAAGAGUUUUGAUGAGCCGUCUCAGGGCACCUUUGAUACUAAUGAUGAUGCCGACUCAAUCUGGGGUUUCUCAAAGGAGAUGAAACUCGACAAGCAUAAUGACGACUUGUUUGGGCACGGGCAAUGGACUCUGCCUCCUAUCAGGACUAGUUCAUCACAGGCUGAUGACUUUUUGCCCAAAAAAGGCAUAUUUGCAGACUCUGUACCAGGCACACCAGCAGAUGUCUUUGUGCCGAAAAAGAGCAUUUUUGCAGAUUCUGUUCCUGGUACACCAGCAGAUGGCUUUUUGCCCAAACAGAGCAUAUUUGCCGAUUCUGUUCCAAGCACACCACUUUAUGAAUCAAGCUAUUCUCCACAGAAAUUUGGUGAAGGACUAGAGCGCGGUUUAAACUUUUCAAGAUUUGAUUCCUUCAGGUCAUCAGAUAGUGGCUUUCAGCCUCAAGAAAAGCUGUCUCGAUUUGAUUCCAUGCGCAGUACUGGAGAUUUUGACUCACACGAUGAUAGGUCAUUCCAGCAAAGGGAUACUUUUUCACGGUUUGAUUCUAUGCGAAGUAAUAAUGAUUUUGAUUACGGGGAUCGAUCGUCAUCAUUUGAUGAUUCAGACGCUUUUGGCUCUGGGCCUUUUAAGUCUUCAUUUGGAAGUGAGACUCCAAGGGGUGACUCUGAUGCUUUCGGAUCUAGUGCAUUUAGGUCUUCUCUGGGAAAUGAAACUCCAAGGUCAGAGAUAGAUGCAUUUGGUUCUGUUGGGCCUUUCAGGUCGUCUAUGGCCAAUGAAACUCCUAGGGCUGAUUCAGACCCUUUUGGGGCACCUUUCCGGUCAUCACUGGGUGUUGAAACACCGAGAGCAGAUGGUGAUCCAUUUGGUUCUGUUGGGCCUUUCAAGUCAUCUUGGGGCAGUGAAACUCCAAGAGCAGAUGCUGACCCUUUUGGUGGUCCUUUUAAGUCAUCAUUUGGCAGUGAAACACCCAGGGGAGAAUCGGACUUUUUUGGAUACUCUGGUUCUUUUAAAUCUCCCUUUGGCAGUGAGACGCCUAGGGGCGAGUUUGAUUCUUAUGGGUUUGGUGGGCCUUUUGGUUCAUCACUUGGCAGUGAAACACCUAGGGGCGACAUGGACGCAUUUGGUUCUUCUGGGCCAUUUAAAACAACUGUGGGUAGUGAAACCCCAAAAGAUCGAACAGAUAGUUGGAGUGCGUUUUAGAGUAUUGUGAGAUUUUAUUCUAGAUCCCUUGUCCAAUGCUUUGAUGCUAGAGCAAUUUUGCCUACAAAUGUUAGAGCCUGGGAAUGCUUCAUCCUGGUGUUUUUACAGGCUCCCUAGCGUGCUGCAGGUUUGCCACCUGCAACCAACCAGCCGAAAAUCCCUGUUACGAUCUUUGAAGCGGCUAACUCCUGGCUUAUCAGCUUCAUUUUUUUUAACCUUUGUAAACAUUCCUCUAUUAUAUAUUUUCUUGGGGCUUUGUUGGGUUUGCGAAAUUUUUGCUAUUGCCAUUUUCUGCUGAUGAGAACCUUCGGGAUUCUUGUUUUUUUUUUCCCUCUUUAGCCAAUAUUGUGGCUUGUAAUGAAAAGUAUAGUUGGCUGGCUUUGUAGUAUCAGCACGAGUGUAUGUUAUUCUUUACAAUUAUCUGGUUACACGACUGUUGUGUUACUGUAGUGUAGCUGUGAUUUUUUGCAUUUUAUCUUAAAUGUCAUUGAAUAUUGUAUCUCAACAAAAUUGAAUGUUUUUGCAAGUA